AAUGAGCUUAAUCCGUUUUAAUAUAUUGGCAUUGACAAUAGGAGUUUGCUUAUCAGCCAUGACUCCUUAAGCCUCAUUAUUGAUGAAGUCUUUUCAUUAAGUAUAUGCAAGUAUUAAACUUUUUAGUUUAGCCAAAGCCCAUAUAGUGAUUAAUUGAAGGAAUUAGUAUAAAUUAAAUUAGAAACAGGAGGAUAAGUAGAUGAAGUCUUAAAACUUAUUUAAGAAUUAUUGGAUUCAUUAAAAUAAGAUCAAGUAGAUGAUGAUGUUGCACAUUCAAGAUAGAUGGCAGUUUUUGAUUAGAAUAUUAAUGAAUUAGAAGAUGAUCUCUCAAGAUUAAAUACAGAUUUAGCUAAUGCUAAUGUAUUAAUUUAGACCUUAGCUGAAUUAUUGGUCAUUCUUAGAGAAACUAUCUUAACCUAUGAAAAACAAUUAGCAAUUCUUAAUGAAUAAGAACAAUUCAUCAGGAAUGCUAGAGCUGCUGAUAUCAAAGCUUAUAAUAGAAGAGUUGAAUAAGCAAAUAAAGUUAUUAAUGCAUUAACUCUAAUCAUUGACAAAUUGAGUAGAGCAGUUGAUCAAUAAACUUCAGAAUAAGAUAGAUAAGCUAUUUUGACAUAAAUACAUGCUGAAUGCCAUGAAUAAUUUGGUCCAAAUCACCCUGUCACUAUACUUAUAAAAUUAACUACCAGAUUUGAUGUUCCCACUGUCUAAAGAAUAUUAGAGAAACUUGUAUAAAUUAGGGAUGGUGCCAGUAAGAGUUUGAGUGAAGAUAUUGCAGCUGAAGAAGUAGCUUCUUAAAAUUUCGAUACUUCUAUGAGUGAAAUUGAAACUUUAAGAAAGAGAUUGUCAACAGAUCUUGAAAACUUAAAUUAAUAAUUUAAUGACAAGUUGAAUCAAUAGGUAGAAACAAUAAAAAAUUAUUAUUUUAGAAAAUUGUCUUGGCUUAAAAGGAACAAUUACUUAUUGAUAUUCCAAUCACUGAAGAACUUUUGUAAUUAACUAAGGAAUAAUAAGAAUAAUAUCAUUAAGCUUAUAUAAGUAGAUAAACUUAAAGGUAUUUCAUAAUUUAUAUUAUAGAUAAUCGGAAAUUGAAGUAGUCUAAAAGGCUUACAAUUUAGUCUUUGAUCAUGUGGAUUCUGUCAAAAAAUCAGAAGAUCUAACGGCUAAACUUUCCAAUUGAUU